GUGCAGUUGCCGAGUAAAUAUCGGGUUAGGGUUUAAGAAAACGGUGACGUGCGGCGAAUCGAGGAAAUUUCCGGCGGCCGGGGCGCAACAAAAUGUCGAAGAAAAAUAAUCUUUCGCGCAGGAAGAAUCAACAUGAAUUCGACCUUCGAAGGGAGAAACAAGAAAAAGAAAAGGCUGCGAAAAAGCUCCAAGCAAAGAAGAACAAGAUGAAGGUUGAUGGUAGUGGAAAGAAAAAGAAGGGUGGAGCUGGGUUUCAAGUUGGGAAGAAAAAAGUGAAGACCAAGUUGACUGCAGCGGCAAAAGCAAAAGCAGCCCAGGCAAUGGAACUUGAUAAAUGAGGUUUGAUGUGUAUAUUUUUAGGGACCUGGAUUGAUGAAUGGAUAUAUUUAUUUCUUGUGAUCUGUAACAGAAAGAAAGUUCUUAAUUUCUAGUAAACUUUGAUCUUCCACUUGCCUUUUCUCUUGAUUUCUGAUCUCUUGAUUGCCUGAAUUCGAAUCUGAUAGAUUGAGGAUGUUUAUAUUGAUAUACUAUGUGGAGUAAUUUCAUAUUUGAA